GAUAUAGUACGAAUAGAAGCCGAAGCAUUGGGCGAGACUACUUCUUCUUCUUCGCCUCCCACUCUCCACUAUUCCUUUCACACGCGCACGCAGAGGUCCGAAAAGGCAUAAGAAUCCCUCUUUUUUGGUAGCCCCUUCCUCCGAGUGAUUGAUUUCUCUAUUUAGAUCACGUCGACGUGAUCUGAAUAGCGAGAAUUCGGACCCAAUUUGAUGCCCGCCCCCGAAGCGGUUGAUCCGGCGAUUCCGUCGAAUCGGAACGGUGAUCGAGAGAGUCCGAUGAAAGGCCCUGUUUCUUGUGGUCGUCGUUGAGCAGAUUCGGGUCUUCCGCGACAUGGGUUGCUUUCCGUGCUUCGAAUCGAAGGAGGGAGCGCAGCUCGGCCGCGGGAACGAGAGCGAUCGCAAGAGGGAGGAGCAGCCCAUGGUGGCGCCUCGCGUCGAGAAGUUAUCCUUGGGGAAUGAUGAUAGAAAGAGGACACCCAACAGUUUGAACACACAAAAGGAAUCCUUGGGCGAGAAAAGGGGGGCUGAAUUUUCUAUUUCGGCACAGACUUUCACCUUCCGAGAGCUUGCUGUUGCAACUGGUAACUUUAGAUCCGAGUGUUUUCUCGGGGAAGGAGGAUUUGGGCGGGUCUACAGAGGGCGCCUGGAAAGUACUGGUCAGGUUGUGGCAGUAAAACAGCUUGAUAGGGAUGGGCUCCAAGGAAAUAGGGAGUUCCUGGUUGAGGUCCUCAUGCUUAGCCUGUUGCAUCAUCCCAACCUUGUGAAUCUAAUUGGUUAUUGCGCUGAUGGAGAGCAACGCCUUCUUGUGUAUGAGUUCAUGCCCUUGGGAUCGUUGGAAGAUCAUUUGCAUGACCUUCCACCUGAUAAGAGUCCACUUGACUGGAAUACAAGGAUGAAAAUUGCAGCCGGGGCCGCCAAGGGGUUGGAAUACCUCCACGAUAAAGCCAAUCCUCCAGUUAUCUAUAGGGACUUAAAAGCCUCCAAUAUACUACUAGAUAAGGGCUUUCACCCGAAGCUCUCAGAUUUUGGCCUUGCAAAACUUGGUCCAGUUGGUGAUAAAUCUCAUGUCUCGACAAGGGUGAUGGGAACUUAUGGAUAUUGUGCUCCAGAGUAUGCUUUGACUGGACAAUUAACAGUUAAGUCUGAUGUAUAUAGCUUUGGAGUUGUACUAUUGGAGUUGAUCACUGGACGGAAGGCCAUUGACAGUACCAAGACGCAUGCAGAGCAAAAUCUUGUUUCAUGGGUAAGCUUUGUCAACUUGCUUUUUAUGGGUAUUUCUGAUCUUCAUGCCUCAAUAUUUUGGGAAAAUAUGUGUCCUAUUCUUAUCUUCAGUGCAGUUCCAUUCUGAUUCACAUUAAGAUGCGGUCUGGCACAUGUCUAAAAGUAAAAGAGUGUUCGGGCACCUGUUUGAAAUUAUGGUUGCAUCUUUUGCUUUCUGGUAUACACAUCAUUAAAACAGGGGAUGACACACAACGUAUUGAGUGCAUCCCAUUAAUUGAUUGAGGAAGUGCACUUGUAAAACUAGUCGCUCAGUUUUAUAAGUGGGAAAUUGUUCUUAUAUUGUGCAUUUUUUGACUUCUACAAGUAUAUAGUUCUUAAUUUGUGAUAUGUCUUAUAGCAGCCAUUUAGUUGUUCAAUAAAAACUUUCAGUUACAUGUAAAACCCAAAUGCUUUUCUGUUGAACUUAAUUCAGCAAAAUUUUGUAGAAACCAGGGCUCAUUCUAGUCACCACAUUGGAGUGCCUAUAACUGAAUCGCUUCUCAUCAAAGUCUUUCCCUCCAUAAAUGGCCUGUUAAGGAAAAAAAGU